AUGCAGCGAGAUCUCCAGAACCUACAAACAAGUUCCAUCUCCGACGUCCCACCCCCCGGCGAGGUUGGCAAGCCUAUCACCGUGGCACGCGCAACAUUUUCCCAUGAACCCGCCACUGGCGUAGGCCGAGUGAUGCUUAUGGACACACUCUCAUCUGUCCUCUCUGCAUGCCUCAUCGGUACUCGCAAUCACCAAGACAUCGAGAACGCGAUUGACGCCGCACAUGAAGCAAUUUCCCUCGCGAUUUCCCUUUCACCUGUAACAGACGACGUCGAUGAUACGCUAUUGUAUCCCCUUGCCGAGCUGCUCCUCUAUCGAUUCAAGAUUAGUGGCGAUCCGGCAGAUGUGUGGGAGGCUUUGUCCCUCCACCGCAAGGCGCUUGUCCUUCGUCCUCCCGGUCAUCCGGAGCACUACCACUCUCUGCUAUCGCUCACAAAAGCGUCACAUACCCUUUUCUAUCGCACCGGCGAGUAA